AUGACUUCACAGCGGCCCUAUUCCACAGAUGACUUCGGCAUAUACUAUGUCCUUGCCGAGUGUGCAGAUCACUGUGGCGCCUGUCCGGUUAACAGGGCUGACGAGAACCAGCCCCAUUUUCAGGGUGUGACUGGCCUGCGGAACCUGGGCAACACGUGCUACAUGAAUGCCAUCUUACAGUGUCUGUGCAGCAUCUCGCCGCUGGUGGAAUACUUUCUCUCCGGAAAGUACAUCACCGCUCUUCAAAAGGACUGCAGUAAGGUGGCCACCGCUUUUGCCUACGUGAUGACAGACAUGUGGCUUGGAGACUCAGACUGUGUGUCACCAGAAAUAUUUCGGUCAGCUCUUGGCAACCUCUACCCAGCGUUUAUGAAAAAGACACAACAGGAUGCUCAGGAAUUCUUGAUUUAUGUCCUGAAUGAACUUCAUGAAUCUCUGAAAAAGUGCCACCGAAGAAGAUCCUGUGAGAAACGGCCUAUCCCCAGAUGCUGCAGGAAGACAGUUGCCAGUGAGUCCUCCAUUGUCACCCGGCUGUUUGAGGGGCAGCUCAAUUACAGCAUCAUGUGUUUGAAGUGUGAGAACUGCACCUACAGGAAUGAAGUCUUCACGGUCCUCCCCCUCCCCAUCCCAUCAGAAUGCAAGUGCUCUCUCCAGGACUGUCUCCAGUGUUUUUUCCAACAAGACACACUGACCUGGAACAACCAGAUUCACUGUUCCUUCUGUGAAACUAAGCAAGAAGCGGCUGUGAGGGCCAGUAUUUCCAAAGCACCCAAAAUAAUGAUCUUUCACUUAAAAAGGUUUGACAUUCUGGGUACAAUGAAAAGGAAGCUGAGAACAGAUAUUCAUUACCCACUCACUAACUUGGACCUUACUCCUUACAUUUGUCCAGUUUUCCGGAAACAUCCUAAAUAUAACCUCUGUGCAGUGGUGAACCACUUUGGUGAUCUGGAUGGUGGCCACUACACUGCUUUCUGCAAGAACUCAGUGACCCAAGCCUGGUUUAGCUUUGAUGAUACACGAGUCAGUGAGAUUCCUGAUACUUCAGUUCAAACUGCUACAGCAUAUCUCCUGUUCUAUAGCUGCCAGCCCUUUUCUAUACCUAUAGAAAAAUGCAAGAGCUAGGAAAAUGGUGUUUCCUGAAAGUUGCAGAACAAGCAAUCAGACACUGGUACUUAAGUUUUGCCUUGUUAUUAAAUUCUUGCAACUUACUUUCAUCACUGACAUUUUUCUUUCUGGCAUAUUAUGCAACCUUAUAUAAGGUAAGUCUAUAGCCAAGAAAGAUAUAUAUUAUCUCUCCAACAAAUUAUUUUCCAAAGACACUUAAUGGAACAAAAAUAACUUUUGUUCUAGUGGCUCUGUGAACUUAAGAAUGUGAUUGGCAGAUAUUUAAUUGAUCAGAUAAUGUAGCCAAAAAACCGAUGUCUCUUAGACUAACUGCUGAGCAUGAAAAGCUGUCAACUUCACAAUUCAAAACUCAAUUUUUUCAUCAUCUCCUUGGGAGUCCACUGCUUUCAGAAGCACCUUUAGAAUCUUUUUAUAUGGAGUGUUUUAACUGACUUCAUGCAUAGCAACAGUCCCUGAGGUAAUUCACUUUGCAGUCAUGCCUGACUUCUACUCCUCUUGAUAGAAUGAGUCUGGGUAUUAUAUUUUACUAUGACUCCCAACUCUGAGAAUCAUAAGUGCUAUAUACAGUUCUGGGUCAAGUUGAAGAGUGGAAUUGAGUCCUGAUGCUAACAGGGUAAGUGAACUAAAUUUUAAGUCAAUAUAGUGAGAUAAAGAGUGUGUGUAUGUAUAAAAUUUAUAGUUCUGCUGUCCUAUAUUUGAUAAUACAAAAU